AUGUCUGAUGAACCGGAGGCCAGGAUGUGGGAUGACGGUGAAUCCCGAUACGAGUCUAGGAAUCGGGGAGCAUAUUUCGAAUCCGCGUUUGCAUCAUCUGAGCACCUGGACAGAGCUCCUUUAUUAUCAGAGGAGAGCUACAGCGAGGUACAGGUGGGCUCCUCGUCGGAGCCCGAGCACUGUCACUGGCGGCCGCAAGCGGAGCCCCCGAGCUCCGUCCCUCAACUACUGGCAGCGUUACUACUCUGUGCUGUAUUCAUGGUGUGCGAGCUGGUGGGCGGCUACCUAGCGGGCAGCCUGUCUGUGAUGUCGGACGCUGCGCACAUGCUCAGCGACUGCGGGGGCUUCGCUCUCGCGCUUUUCGCCUUCCGAUGCGCACGACGACCGCCCGAUGCGUCCAUGUCUUACGGUUACCGGCGGGCUGAGGUGCUGGGAGCAAUGGCGUCAGUAUUACUCAUUUGGGCACUUACCGGCAUUUUCGUGUACGUGGCUGCCCUGCGCGUUCGCACCGGCGAGUACAGCAUCGAGCCGGACAUCAUGAUGAUAGUGUCCGGGUGCGGAGUGGGGUUCAACGUGGUGCUGGCGUUGGUGCUGCACGGGUGCGCCUCUGGUAUAGCCCACCACCAUUCCCACGGGGGCGCAGCGUGCGCACACACACACGCACCGGAGUCCCGCUCCCCACGUGUGGGCUUUCGAUUGUUUCGACGCACUGCGAAUAAGCACCCCAACGGCCUCGUGAACGGAGACUACAGCUUGAAGGACAUGGCGAGUGCGGAAGCUGACGUCAUUACAUCUAGAACUAGAAAUAUAAACUUGCGGGCAGCGCUCAUCCACGUGAUCGGUGAUCUCAUACAAAGCUGCGGCGUGCUGCUCGCUUCGGUGCUUAUUAAGUUCUAUCCAGAAGCAAAGGUGGUGGACCCAAUCUGUACAUUCGUGUUUAGCGUGCUAGUUCUGCUGACGUCGGCACGCGUUGUCCGGGAUGCACUUUCAAUGUUAAUGCAAGCAGUCCCCAAGGAUUUCAGGUAUCGUGAAUGUGUGGCCGCCAUGUCGGCUGUGAAUGGUGUACGGCACGUGCACUCGCUGCACGUGUGGGCGCUUUCCACGCACCACAUCGUGCUCACAGCGCACAUCGCCAUAGAUGAUCUGUCAGAAGCGGAGCGAGUGCUACACGCAUGUCAGCGAUUAGCACGCGAGCAAUUUUUAGUGCAGUCUGCCACGUUCCAAGUGGAGCGAUACUCCGGUGCCAUAACCACCUGUAGGGACUGUCGCCAGCCGGCAGCCGCGCCCUGA